AUGACAACACAAUAUGGCACCGUGAAGCCUUCCAAUCCAGAUGGCAGAGAGCAGAUUGUUAUCGUCGGCACCGGUAUGGCCACAUCUCUUCGUCAGACCACCCGAGACUACAUCAGCUGACGACACGAAUUCACUAAGGCUGGGCGGGCUUCAAUGUAUCGCAGAAACUUGACGACAAGAAGUUCAACAUCACUGUGAUUUCUCCAGAGGAUACAAGCCCGUACACUCCGUUACUUGUACCUGAAAUCACUGCCCUUUCGGAGAGAUAACGACGAUCUGACAUAUUUCUAGGCAAGUGCAGCUUGCGGCCAGUUCGACUUUUCCCUCGCGGAAGAGCCGAUUCGACACAAGAGCAAGAAGAUCGCGUAUUAUAAGGGCAUUGUCGAAUACAUCGACUUGAACUUGAAGAUAUGCAAAUGCCGAUCGGCCUGCGAAACGGAUGGCGUGGGUCCAACUAGGCAAUUCAGUGUCGCCUAUGACCGGUGAGUGGUACGGAUUCGACAUUUCACGCCGAUGCUGAUUAAAGCAUAUAGCCUCGUUCUCACACCAGGAUGUAAGGGACUUCUAAACCCCUCUGAUAUAUAUUUUGACUAAAGCACACACAGGUAUCAGCAACACAUUCAACACUCCAGGUGCAGAGGAGCAUGCAUUCUUUGUCCGGACUGUCAAUGAUGCGAAGAAAGUGCAGCACCGUGUGAAACAGCUGCUGGAACUCGCAUCACUUCCGGGCGUCUCUGAUACAAUUCAGCGCGACCUUCUUCAUGUUGUUGUAGUCGGCGGUGGUCCCACUGGUGUUGAACUCUCUGCGGAACUAUCAGACCUUUUCAACGAGGACAUGGCGAUGCUCUAUCCGCAUCUCAAGGGAAAGAUGAAGAUCUCGAUUCACGACGCAGCGCCAUUCAUUUUAGGAGCUUUUGAGGACGCUUUGAAGCAGCACAGCAUCCAGAGCUUCUCGAAACGAGGCGUGACGGUCAUCACGGAUUCGAAAAUCAAAGAAAUAGGAGCAGACCACAUCGUGACGGAAGCCGAGGGACGGAUCGGCUGUGGCAUGGUGCUCUGGACGGCUGGCAACAAACAAUGCGCACUGGUCGACAGUCUUGACCUGUGCAAGACCGACAAACUUCCUCGAAUCUUGACAGAUCGAUACCUUCACGUCUUGAAGGAACCGGACAAGAAAGCCGUGCUAGACGUCUUCGCACUCGGCGACGCAGCCGACAUCAAGGGCGAUUUCUUGCCGACUACCGCAGAGGUGGCCGUGCAGAAGGCGGAGUAUCUGGCCAACGCACUCAACAAAGGCCUAGAUGGCGCGAAACCUUUCGUGUAUGGGCAGAAAGCCAUAGUCGCGUAUAUCGGCGGACAUGACGGAGUUGUCAGCGGGAAACCCGAUUGGAGCGGUGCUCGAGCGUGGGCCGCAUGGCGAAGCAAGAACCUGUUUUGGACUCGAAGCUGGAGGCGUAAGUUCAUGAUUAUGAUUUACUGGGGACUCGAUUGGAUGGGCGGUAAGGAGAUCGCAAGGCUAUGA